UAAAAUGAUUGUGCAUCUCUUUGUUCUGUUCCUCUGCUCAAAAUUAGUAGUAUUGUCUGGAGCCAGACUGCAUGGAAAUGAGAACGACCGGUUGGCACUUCUAGCUUUGAAGGAAGGACUAAAGCAAAAUCCUAACGGAGCUCUUAGCUCGUGGAACAACAGUAACCAUGUCUGUGACUGGGAGGGAGUGACAUGCGGCCGCAAGCAUCCAGAGAGAGUCAUUGCUCUCAACCUAAGCAACCAUGACUUGCAAGGCUCCAUAUCUCCAUUCAUAGAGUAUAACCAGCUUGGUGGUGCCAUCCCUGUGGAGCUUGGAUCAACACCAAAGCUUGAGUUGCUGGCUCUGGAUAACAAUAAUCUCACUGGAGUUAUUCCUCCUUCAUUCGGGAAUCUCUCUACUCUUAUGUUAUUCUCUUGCAUGUAUAAUAAUCUUCAAGGAAGCAUACCAAAGGAGCUUGGCAAGCUUCCAAAACUAGAAUUCUUUCAAGCAUCAGCAAACACACUCACUGGUACAAUUCCUCAAGAGAUCUUCAAUCUAUCAUUAAUGUUUUACUUCAGUGUGGGUGAAAACAAACUCCAUGGCAUACUUCCACAAGAAUUAGGUAUUAAACUCCCAAAGCUCCAAGUUCUUUACUUACCUGGAAACCGCUUUAGCGGACCCGUUCCUCCUUCACUGCCCAAUGCCUCUAGUUUUGAGGAAAUUGAUCUUUCCAAUAACAAAUUUAGCGGGAAAAUUCCAUCUGAACUAGGGAGACUGCAAAGUCUUUUCAAUUUCCGUGUAACUAAUAAUCAGCUGGAAGCCAGUAAUGCAGAUGAUUGGAAGUUCCUUGAUUCCUUGACCAACUGCAGCAAGUUGCAAGUGUUGCUUUUGGGUUCCAGGCAGCUAGGAGGCAUACUCCCAAGCUCGGUGACCAAUCUCUCAACCACACUUGAGACGCUUGCCAUCUCAUUUAGCCCGCUUACAGGCACCAUACCUUCAGGGAUCCAACGCCUGGUUAAUCUAUAUGAUCUGAGAAUACCUUACUGCAAUCUUGUCGGGGAGAUUCCAGAUGAAAUUGGAAAACUCGCAAGUUUGCAAAGGUUGCACUUAACAGGCAACAAAUUGACAGGCCAAAUCCCAUUUUCUAUUGGCAACUUGACUCUGUUGAACGAAUUAUACUUGUUUGAAAAUUACCUUGAAGGGCCCAUCCCUGCAAGCAUUGGAGAACUUCAGCAGCUGAGACUUCUGGUUCUUUAUGGCAACAGACUGAAUGGGAGCAUACCCAAAGAGGUGUUCAAUCUCCAAUACUUGUCACAACAACUUGAUUUGGCCAAUAACCUCUUAGAAGGACCUCUUCCUGCUGAGGUUGGUGGCUUAAAUAACCUCAUGCGAUUCAUUGUUUAUGGAAACAUGCUAUCUGGCCAAAUCCCUACCACGCUAGGCCAGUGUGAGGUGAUGGAAUAUUUCUCCUUGGGCAACAACUUGUUUCAAGGAACCAUCCCUCACACAAUAAGCAACAUGAAAGGCCUUAAGACGCUGGAUCUCUCACGCAAUAAAUUGUCAGGUGCUAUUCCCCCAUCAUUUGGCAAUCUUACAGUUCUCGAACAGGUAGAUCUUUCUGACAAUGACUUGUCAGGGCCAGUUCUGGAGUCAUUCGGAGACCUGAAGCAUCUGUUCUACUUGAACCUAUCCUACAACAAGCUUAGAGGUGAAGUGCCUGUGAGAGGAGUCUAUGGAAAUUCCACAGAAAUCUCACUCUUUGGAAACAAGGAGCUUUGUGGAGGCAUUUCAGAACUUCACUUACCAGCAUGCCCUACUAUUAAAGCAAUCAAAAAGAGCAAAAGAUCAUAUCUUUGGCUAAAAGUAGUGAUCCCUAUCACUGUCUCUGCUGCGUUAAUUUUAGCCUUAUUUGCACUUGCUUAUCAAAAACGAAAGGCAAAGAAGGAAAGCUUGAAUUCUCAUUUGGAGGAACAAUAUCCUAGAGUCACUUAUGAAGAAUUGGCUAAAGCAACAGAAGGCUUCUCUUCAGAAAAUCUAAUCGGCAGCGGAAAAUAUGGUUCUGUCUACAAAGGGAGUUUAGGUGACAAUCAAAAAAUGGUGGCGGUGAAAGUUUUCAAACUACAAGAACGAGGUGCUUCAAAGAGUUUCUUAACUGAAUGUGAGGCACUGAGAAGCAUUCGUCAUCGCAAUCUCAUCAAAAUCAUUACUUCGUGCUCCAGCAUUGAUCGUGAAGGCAGAGAUUUCAAAGCUCUAAUUUUCGAAUACAUGCCUAACGGUAGUUUGGAUCAAUGGCUACACCCUGCGGACAGCGAGCUUCAGCAAUCAAAUCACUUGAACCUUGCACAAAGACUAAACAUAGCAAUAGAUAUCGCCGAUGCUCUAGAUUAUCUUCAUAACAGUUGCCAACCACCGGUAGUUCAUUGUGAUUUGAAACCUAGCAAUGUUCUACUUGAUAAUGACAUGGCUGCUCAUGUCGGAGACUUUGGCCUAGCAAAGUUCCUCGCUGAAGCUGUGAGCAAAUCCUUACAGGAUUCAAGUAGUUCCAUUGCCAUUAAAGGAACUGUUGGUUAUGUGGCUCCAGAGUAUGGAGCAGGAGGUCAGGUAUCGACAUCUGGGGACGUUUAUAGCUACGGUAUCAUGCUUUUGGAAUUGUUAACAGGGAAAAGACCAACUAAUGAUUUGUUCAAGGAUGGCAUGAGCCUGCGCAAGUUCGUUGAGGCAGGGGAUACUUCUGAACAAAACAUGGAAAUCAUAGACCGAACAAUACUUUCAGAUGUACGUGGUGAUGAGGUCACAAACAAUGAUAUAAUGAAGAUCAAUGAAUGCUUAGUUUCAGUUUUGAAUGUUGGUCUUGCAUGUUCUGAUCCAUCGCAAAGAAAUCGAAUGAACAUGACUGAUGCUGCAGCUAAAAUGCUCGCUAUCCGGAGUAUAUAUCUUAGGGCUUAG